CUGCGCUGCCCCCGGCCGGCCCUGCCCAGGGCACCGCGGGCUCUACCUGCGCCCGGCGCCCCGCGCUCCGCUCCGGCUCCGCGGGGCUGCGGAAAGGUACGAGCUCGGCGGGCGCUGCAUCCCCAGGAGGGAGGAACGGCCUCGCGUCGCCCAUCGCAGAUCUGUUUUAUAGGGUAAAAAUGAACGUAGGAGUUGCCCACAGCGAGGUAAAUCCAAACACUCGGGUGAUGAACAGUCGUGGAAUGUGGCUGACAUACGCGCUCGGAGUCGGCAUGCUGCACAUUGUCCUGCUCAGCAUUCCCUUCUUUAGCGUCCCUGUUGCCUGGACUUUAACAAAUGUGAUUCACAACCUGGGAAUGUAUGUGUUUUUGCAUGCAGUAAAGGGAACUCCUUUUGAAACACCCGAUCAGGGGAAAGCUAGGCUACUAACACACUGGGAACAACUGGAUUAUGGAGUACAGUUCACAUCUUCAAGAAAGUUCUUCACAAUCUCUCCUAUAAUUCUGUACUUCCUGACGAGUUUCUACACCAAGUAUGACCCAACACAUUUUAUCCUGAACACAGCCUCUCUCCUGACCGUGCUCAUCCCCAAGCUGCCACAGCUGCAUGGCGUUCGGAUCUUUGGCAUCAAUAAAUACUAAGGAGAAGGUUCCACACUGGCCGCCCCUGACAUGGCUCCUGCUGCUCCCCGGGUGAAGGAAACGAGUAGUCUGCUGUGCCCAGUAUCUCCUCGUAGUCAGUGAGAGAUGCCUUUACAUCUGAGAUACAAUUCCUGCUUCCUGCAGCAUUGUCUGGGAUGAAAGUCGAGUUUAUAAGAAGCUGCCUUCAAAUACUUAAAUGUGAAUUGGAAACCUGUAGAAGAGAGAUUUCCAUGAAGAGCUGGGCAGGCCCAGCUGUAAAGCCUGAUCCCCACUAAGACUGUACCUGUGGCUGACGCAAGUGAUUUGUAAAGAAAGGUGCAAGUAACAGCUGAAAUGGAGAGCAGUGUUUCACAAAUGCCCAUUAUCCAUAAUGCAGAUGGUAACUUUACAUAUGAAUCCGGGAUCCUCAAUGCCAGGGACUGGUGAGGCUGCAUUCUUAGGUUAAGUGAAAGUAGCUAGUUCCUGCUGUAUGGAUUGUAGGUGGUUGUGCUUGUUAUUGCAUUGUAAAAGUUUGUCUCACAGUAAGUACUGUGACAGUGAGCAUAAACUGAUGGUGUAAUUCCUGCCUUCUCUGUUCUUGUGAUUUAUUUUUUUUUGUCACAAUGACUGAAGAAAGUCCUUAACUGCCAGCUCAGGGGAUUUCCACAUCAACUUGAUAGCUCGGUUUAUGUAUGCUUUGGAAAAUUGCCGCUGUUGUGUUGUUUUCAUUUUGCUUAGCAGGACACUGACUUUCCUAUGCGUAAAAGGGACAUCCUGAAAAAUUGGAAUUUCUUUUUAGGUGUGGACUUUUGACUAUUUUCUCUGAUAUUGGCCGAUGGGGUUUUUUUCAGUAGCUGAGAGGCCUGUGAUGGGGUCGGGAAAGGGUUGCUGGUGGUGUAGGAGAAGCAGCUCUGUUACAGCUGUGUCAGAGCACAUAAGGGAAACUGGGUGGGUUGUAAGUUAGAAUAGAAGCUGAACUAGAAGUAGGUGAGUAGGCAAAUCACAUGGACUAACUGUAUGCUUUUGCAGAAAAAGAUAACUUGCAUGUCUUGGAAAUGUGGAGGAAUGCUGUGUUUUAGGGGUACCGUGUAGUAUGGGGUAUUCUUGUAUGUAAUCAGCUCUGGAAUUAGAGUGAAGAAGGUACAUCUACAGCUCUGAGCACUUAUUUCUCUGUCUUGGAAAAAGGAUGAAUUUUGAAGUCUGCCGUUUGUCUGUCAGCCAAAACUGGCUCAGAUUUAACAGAAGACUCCAUUUAAGACUUGAUUUACAUUUUGGUUGCAGUGACAGCCAGUGAGCUGGAAAAAAAAAAUUAAAAAUAAAAAUAAAAAAAGACAAGCCCACA